UAACAAAAACAAUUUGGUGGUGUAGACGGUAUACAGUAUAUGUAUGAUCACCAUUCGUGGUGCAUAUAUAAUGAAAAGUGCAUCAUUGACACAGGACAACUGUAUAGAUGCCAAUGAAGAUACUUUGCCAACUUCGACGCUACACGAUGUUUCAAAGCAAAGCAACGGUACUAACAACAACAACCACAGCCUUUAUGGCAAUAGCGCCAAAACCCAAGACAUGCAGGCAGCCAAUGCAAAUGCCAAUUCUAAUCUGGUGCUACGCAAUGUAAACACUGACAUGGCCAAGAAUAUAAACCGCAAGACAGCACAUCAGUGGAAGCAUGCGGCAGCUGAGCGUGAGAGCAAAACGCAAAACGCGGAGCUGCGUAUGUCCACGAUUAUCAGACGCCUGCCAAACGAAAGCAAUGUCAGUGCGGCACUGGAGCUUUGCGGCAAGCUGGAAUUGUCGGUGCGCUUGCCCGUCAAUAUGGGCUAUCUGAGUCGCACCUUUGAUUCCAUACUCGAUGGCAUGCUGUUGGCACUGAAGACAUGCCCACCGCCUGUGCAGGAGAAGUGCAGCAAAAUACUUGGCCUCAUGGGCUAUAUAAAUCGCAUGGGUUUCAACAGCUACGAACAGUUCAUUAUGCAUAAUUACCGCAACAAUAAGCGAUUGCAAAAGUAUUUAAUCCUAGCGCUGCAGGAGACGCUUAGCUGUGAUACAAACUGCGAGCUGCACAUGCAUACGGAGAAGCUAAUGCGGCUGCUAAAGGAUCUGCUGGAGGGCGCUGAGAAUGCGGAGAAUUUCACGAGCAUAAGCACGUGCCUGGUGCAAUUUGCCAACAAUUAUCGUAACGUAUUCGAACGCCACUUUACGGAUGUGGUUGACAUUAUAAUAGGCUGGCAGCUGGAGCUGGCACAGCCACAAUCACUGCGCACGCACUGCUACCAUGUGCUGGAGAAACUGACGCCGUAUUUUGCCAAGAAGCUGGACUUUGGCUUUGGUUUGCUUACACAGUUUGUGGAGGAUAUAACAGCGCUGGAUCGAAGCGAGCGCUUGGGCGAACGCGUAGCCGCUUUUGUGGGCGCAUUUAAUUCGCUGUUCAAGUGCUUGAAUCGUUUGCACAUCAAUUGCGAGUCCAUAGUAGCCAUGGCGCUGAAUCAUCUGGUCGAGAUUAUGCCGCUGCUGCUGCAGCUCAAAGAUAUGCAGGAGCAGGACCACGAGGCGCUGCACAACAUCAACGAGCUGCUCUGCCUGUGUCUGCUGAACAACUAUGCGCUGCCUACGGCCAAUACACUGGGCCAGCUGCUGCCACUGCAGCUGGAACAGCUACAGCAAUUCUCCAAGCAAUUGCAGCGCAGCUGCUUGUAUUUGUUGUACGUCACGGUGCGCAAACUGCGCGCCAAGCUGCCCGCUGCACUGGUGCCGUACAUCUUUCAAGGGCCCGACAAGUCGCAGUCCAUGUGGCUGGCCGCGCUGAGGCUGCGCAGCACGGAGCCUGCGCACAAGCUGCUGUUGCGCACUUGCCAGGAAACGCUGCUCAUCAAGAAUGUGCCGCUGCUGCAACAAGCCUACAAGCAGUUGGUGCUCGAUGUUAACGAAUGCGUGGAGCAAUUGGCAGCGGAGGAGCAGCAGCAGCACGCUAGCUAUGAGGCCAGCUUGUUGCUCAUCUUUCACAUGUCCGCACUGUGCGCGCUGGCCAAACAAACGUCCUCCAUUAUAGGCAUGUAUGCCUGCAAACCGGCCAUACUGGAGCUGCUCAUAGGCAAUUGUCGAGCAGCGGAUUUGGCACUCUGGUCAGGACAUGCGGACACACACAAUGCCAUACUGCAGCUCCUGGUGCAGCACUGUCAGGCGAAUCACAACUUUCGCAACAACUCGAGUCUGCUGCGUGAACGUGACAGCAACUCACCGACGGCUCUGAGCUUUGCGCGCAUCCUGCAGUUUCUGGCGCAAUGUUUGCAGCAGGCGGCGCAGCUGGCAGCGCCCAAUCUGAAGCUGCUGCUCAACUGGACGCAGGGCCUGCUGCUGAGCUGUCAGCCCUGUGCGGCAGUGCUGCUGCAGCAGGCGGAUUUCCUCAGCAUUUGCAGCAGCAUUGCGGGCCAGACAGCGCAGCUGGCGCCGCUUGAAUGCGCCGGCUGCAUACAGCAAGUGUUGGACUUUGGCAGCGCUACGCUUGGCGAGGAUUUGCUGCUGCUGUAUCACAAGACGGCGCUGGAGCAGGCACAGCAGCUGAAUGCGCGCGUUCAACUGACCUAUGGCAAACUUUAUGCGCAGCUGCCGCUGCACUUGAGCAUUAUACGCAGCAUGCCGCAGUUGCGUCUGCAUGGACGACUGAGUGCGUUGAAUCAAAGCUGCACAGUGCAGGAAAAUACAUUUCGCGACUUCUUCGAGCAGCUGCAGGCGCCGGAGCAGCGCGCCUUCAACGACUGUCUGCCUGGACUGUAUCAGCGCAUAAGUGCACAGCUGCCGGCAGCGGAGCGUGAGCAGCGUAGUCAGCUGCUGGCCAGCGCGUGGCUGCAAUUUGAGGCCGCACGCUUUUGCGUUAACCAGAAGCUGCGCACGCCACUGGGCAAGCCACAGGAGACAUUUCUGGCAUUCGAGGCCAUCAUUAUGCGCUAUGCGCGCUGGCUCAGCGGCUGCGCCAAGUCGCCGGAGUGCGAGGCACUCAAUGAGCUGUCGCUGCAGCAGCUGUGCAACAUACGAAGCAAUCUGAGCGUGCUGCUGGGAUUUCUCGAUGCGCUGGAGAAGCUCAUCUACAAUGCCGCCGAGGGCAGCGCAUUUGCGCUGCGUGUGCCGGACAAGCCCGUGGCGGCUUUCUUUCGCCUCAACAAUCCCACCUGCCAGUCGUGGUUCAAUCGCAUACGCAUGCACGUCAUCGUCAUUGCCAUGCACUGCCAGCAGCCAGAGCUGGUCAUACGCUAUGCCCAGCAAAUACUGUUGACGCAAAAGCUGCAGGAGAGCUGCUGCAGUCAGGCUUUGGUUUAUUUGGCUUGGGCCUAUGUUUGCUGCAGUGAGGCGGACUCGCUGCGUGGGCUGCUGGAGUGGCCGCGUGUAAAGAACGACAAGUGCUAUCAGUGGCUGCAAUAUGCAGCGGAGCAGGCAGCAGGACGUCGCGAGCAAGCAGCAGCGGGCUAUAAAAUGCUGCUGGAUAAGGAAAAGUCAAAGGAUAGGGAAAGUGAGGAGCAGCAGCUGCUGGAGCCACAAACGCGACAAUUUGUGGUGGCUAUGCUGGUGGAGUGUUUGCAAAGCACUGGACAAUGGCAGCAGCUGCUGCAGCUAAAGCGAGAGGAGCAAGCCAAUGGCGGAGGCGGCUACAAUGCAUUUCUGCAGCAGCAAAGCGGCGAGCUGAAUGCACUGGAGCAGCUGCUGAGCCAGCGGGAGCAGCAGCAGCAGCCGCAGUUAAGCGCACAGCUGCUGCAACUAACGCAAUGGCCGGAGCCAGCUGGUCAAGCAAGUUUCUCCAACUGCUAUGCGCGUGAGCAGCUGGACAAGCGGCUGCUGCAACAGCUGCAAGCGCCAACAGCAGCAGCAGCGUCAAGCACACAGCAACUGCUGCAUGCCAACUGGCAGGAGAGCUUGUUGCAGGCGAGCUGCAGUCAGCAGCUGUGGCAGCAGCUAAUGCUGCUCAAGUAUAUAGCGCAGCAUGUGCAACAGCCAAGGACAGCACAGCUCGAGCUGCUGCCGCUGAGCAGCAGCAAUCGGUUUGAGCUAAGCAGCGCGCUGCUAAUGCGCUGCCUCAACUGGACGCAGCUGCUGCAGUCGACGCACUGCAGCAAUGAAACGCUUAUGCAGCUUUAUUUGGACACAGCAGCAAUGGCGCGCGAGGAGGGCAACCAGCAGACCAGUCAGUCCAUGCUGCAGCUGUACUUUGGCCAGUCGCUGCCGCAGCUAACGCAACAGCUGCUGAGCCAGCAGCUGCAGCCCAAAGCGCUGCAUGCCUAUGGCGAGCUGGCCAAGUGUUUGCAUGCGCAGCAGCUGCAAUGCCUGGAGCUGAGCUCUAUAAAUGUGUGCGCUGCGCUUUGCCUGAGCUGGCAGCAGCAGCCAGCAGCAGCGGCGGAUGUGAACAUAAGCGCUGAUCUGCUGUUAAUGCUGUCGGAGUGGAUAAGUGCGCGCAGCAACAGCGGACUGGGCACCAAGUUGUCGCCCAUGCUGCAGCAGCUGCUGGAGCAGCUGCCUGCGUGUCCGCUCACCAGCAGCGAUACGCAGCCCAUUAACUUGGCGCAUGGCGAGCGACUUGUGCUGCGUCUAAUCAACGCCAGCAUGCAGCAGCGGCCGCAUAACGAGGCUGCGCUGCUAGCCUAUGGCAAUUGGUGCUAUCGCUGGGGCAAAAAGAUUGUGGACAGCGGCUGUGUGUUGAGUGCGACAGCAGUGCAGAGCAUAGAGCGCAAACUUAAGCUGUCGCUGACGGAGGAGCAGCUGCAGCAGCUGCAGCAGGCGCUUAGCUUGGACAGCAGCCAGUGCGAGGGCGAGGGCGUUGCCGUUGAAAGCGAUGCGCACUGCGAGCAGCGACUGCGUGCGCUGUCGUGGCUGCAGCAGCAGCCCACGUGCCUGCUGGAGUGCAUAGUGCAGCUGGGACGGCAGGCGAAUGCGCAUAGCUUUGACUACUACAGACAAGCGGCGCGCGCUUACUUUCAAUAUCUAAGCUUAAAGUCGAGCGAGAGCAGCGAACUGGCGCACAGCAAUUUGGUAACCACAACGCUGCGGCUGCUGCGUCUCAUAGUGAAGCAUGCGGGUGGCUUGCAGGAGGUGCUGCAGCAGGGACUGCAAACGACGCCCAUUGGCCCGUGGAAGGUCAUAAUACCGCAGCUGUUUAGCCGGCUCAAUCAUCAUGAGCCGUAUGUGCGGCAAAGUGUGCGCGCGCUGCUUUGCCGCCUGGCGCAGCGUUAUCCGCAGCUGGUUACAUUUCCAGCUGUGGUGGGCGCCAAUCGUGAGCUGCAGGCGCUGCCUGUGGGCGCCACCGAAGCGGAGAGCAACAGCUACGCUUGCCUGCUGCAGGAUCUGAGCAAGCAGGCGCCUGAGCUGGUGCAGCAUGUGCAGCUGCUGGUGAAGGAGCUGCGACGCGUUUGCUUGCUCUGGGAUGAGUACUGGCUGCACGCCAUGGCGCAGAUCUACAAUGGGUACGCCGCACGCGUCGCCAUGCUCAGCAGCGAGUUUGCGCCCAGCAAUUUGCUGGGCAAGCAGCAGCGCUUCGACAGCUGGCGGCCACAAAUACUCAAGGAUUUGCUUGCGGUGAAUGCGUUUACAUCGCGCGCGCCCGAAACGAGCUAUGAGCGCAACUUUAAGCGGCGCUUCGACAGCUGCAUACAGCAAACGCUGCACGCGAUGCAAUCAUCAGCAUAUCCCGCUUGCUGGGAGCAGCUCAAGCAGCUCUACAAUGUGCUGCAGCACAAUUUGAUGCGCGGCAGCAGCAACACGCUGCGCACUCAGGGCAUUAGUCCUGUGCUCUGUGAACUGAAGCACAUGCGCAUUAGCAUGCCCGGACUGGAUGCGUCGGGCGCGGCGCAGCCUGUGCUCAUCGAGCGCGUCGAUAAUCUGGUGUGCAUACUGCUGACCAAGACGAAGCCCAAGAAAAUUGCGUUCUAUGGCAGCAAUGGACAGCGCUAUACGUUUCUGUUCAAGGGCCUCGAGGAUUUGCAUUUGGAUGAGCGCAUUAUGCAGUUUCUGGCCAUAUCGAAUGCCAUAAUGGCCAACAAGGAGGAUGCACGCGCAGCGGGCCAGCUGAGCAUCGAUUAUCGUGCGCAUCACUAUUCGGUCAUACCGCUGGGACCGCAAUCCGGACUCAUUAGCUGGGUGGACGGACUAACGCCGCUGUUUGCGCUCUACAAGAAAUGGCAGCAGCGCCAGCCGCAGAGCACAGCGCCCGCUGCAGCGCGUCGCCUCACCGAUCUCUACUACAACAAGCUGUCGCCGCUGCUGGCCAAGCACAAUCUGCAUGUGAGCGAUCCGCGUCGCCAGUGGCCGCUCGCCGCGCUGCGCCAAGUGCUAAGCGAACUCACGCACGAAACGCCCGGCGAGCUGCUCACGCGCGAGCUCUGGCUGCAGGCCACCAAUGCGGCCGAGUGGCGUCACUCGGUGCGUUGCUACACCAUGUGCAUGUCCGUCAUGUCGGUGAUUGGCUAUGUCAUCGGUCUGGGCGAUCGGCAUCUGGACAACAUGCUCAUCAAUCUCAGCAGCGGCCACAUCAUGCACAUCGACUACAACGUUUGCUUCGAAAAGGGACGCACCUUGCGCAUUCCGGAGCGCGUGCCGUUCCGGCUGACGCAGAAUUUGAUCAACGCUUUUGGCAUUACGGGCAUCGAGGGCGCCUUUCGUUAUGGCUGCGAAUAUGUAUUGAAGGUAAUGCGCAAGGAGCGCGAAACGCUGCUCACCUUGCUGGAAGCCUUCGUCUAUGAUCCGCUGGUGGAUUGGACUGUCAACGAUGAGACGGCGGCCAUGCGGCGUGCCAUACAAGCGAAGCCGACGCCAGCAGUAGCAGAGGUAAGCAGCGAGCUCAAGUGCAGCAACAGCAGCAAAAAGGAUAAAGCCAAGUGCAAGCUGCAGGAUUGGGACAGCAAGCGGCGUCAUUUGCUGGGCAAGCUGAAGCAGUGCCAAAAGUACUGGAACAAAUACAAAACGGAUAUAUUGGCGCAGUUGACAGCAAUGCUAAUGGAAAUAAAGCAGCUGCAGUCAAUGCAGGAGCAGCGCGGCGGCAAGGAGCAGCAGCUGGUGGAGCUGAAUCAGCGCAGCGCGUUAAUAGCGGAAAUUAAGACGCUGGGCACGGCAAUGGAGAGCCAUAGCUUCAAUAGCGCGUCCAAGCGUUUCGCCACCAAGCAGCAGCAUGCGCAGGCAUUGGCUGAGCUCGCAGUGCAGAGCGCUGCGGACUACGAAGUGGUGCGUGCCACACUGAACAACUACCAUAGGGCAGUGGAGCAGCAGCAGCUGGCGCAGUUCAAUGCCAGCCUGCUGCAGUUCAAGCUCGAGGGCAGCAGCAGCUGGCACAAUGAGUAUUUGGCGCUGCGCGAUGUGCUGCAGCUGCAUUUGGCCGCGGCCACGCUGGAGAGCUAUGAGAGCACGCGCAGCCAAAUCGAUGAGCAGCUGGCGCAGCUGCACAAUCUGGGACUGCAGGCGGUGGAGCAGCUGCUGCAAUAUGCCGCCAUCAUGUGCUACUAUCCGCAGCAGCGUCAGCAGCAGCAGAACAUUUACAUGCAGUUCAGUGAGUGCUACACGCAACAAGUGGCAACACCCAGUGCGACUAUCGUCACUGGCGAGCAGGCGCGCGCUACUGCCAGCUGCCUGCAGUCCGUGUGGCUGCAGCUCAACUGCCAGUUGCAUCAACUGACGCAGCAAUUUGCCAACGAUCAGCUGCUGACGCAAACGCAAACCCCUGCGGCUUCACUGCUCGCUGGGCUGCAGCAAAGCGGCUGCACGCAGGCGCAGCUGCAUACAGCGCUGGCGCGCAGCUUGGACGCCAGCACCAGCGUCCUGAGCAGCUAUGAGCUGGCCGCAGUGCAGGACGCAAAGCUAACGCAGCUGCAGCUGCGCCACAUUCAACUGGUGCACAGCAUGUGCCAAGGACUGCUGCAGUCACAACUGCCGGAGCAGUCGCAGCAAACGCUCAGCCAGCUGCAGGCGCCACUUGCGGCGCUGCUGCAGCUGCAGCAUUGCUUCGAGCACGAGCUGCCCGCCAGCAUGUUUCGUUUGCUUGCCAACUGGGAGCAGCUGCAGGAGCUGCUCAAGCUGGAUGCAGCUGCGCUUGGCGAGCUGUUUGCCACAGCUGCAGCAGCAGCCAAGACACCCACGCAGCUCACAUUGUUGCAACAAUUUAUGCUCAGCUUGCAACCGGCGCGCACACAGUUCGAUGCGCUGGCCAAGGCAUUGGAGCAGCUUGCGCGCAGCAUUAAAUUGUCCAUGGAUGAGACGCAGCAGGCGCGCAGUCAGCCAUGUCAGGACUUGGGCAUACUGAAGUACAGCAGCGCGGAGCUGAGCGAUGCAAUGUUCUUUGGACUGGUGCGGCAGACGCUGCGCGCUGCACGCAGCUGCGAUGUGCGGCUGAUGGCGCGUCCGGUGCAGAGCUUUGUGCAGCGCAUGCAGCAGAAGUAUUUGGUGGGCGUGGUGCCGUGCGUGGCGUAUGCAUUCUAUAGCAGCAGCAGCAGCAGCAGCCAGCAGUUGGAGCUCAGCUCCAGCGAGUGUCCGGCGGAGAUUUAUCAAAUGACUGCGGCGCUAAUGGCGGCACUGCAAUCGGAUGCAAUGCUGCAGCAGCAGCAAUGCGAUAUAGCGCUGCUGAAUCAACAGAUUGAGCUGCUCACACUGGUGGCCACAGCGCAUUAUUGGGCGCAUGAGGAGGCGCUGACGCUGGAGGGUGGCGGCGAAUUGAAUUGUGCACACAUUUUAAGCAGGCAAAAGGUAUGCGAAGCUAUAGGCGAGAGCUGGCAGCUGUUGGAGCAGGGCGUGCAGCGCUUGGAGCACUUGCAGUGCUUGCUGGCAACACAGCUGGAGCAGCUGCAGCAGCAGCGCAGCAAUUGGAAUCGCAAUCAUAUCGACAGCAUGUUGCGCAACGAGCAAACGCAGCAUGAGCUGGCCAACAAGCAGCUGGAGCUGAUAGGGGAGCUAAGCAAAUGCGCCAGCGCUGUUUGUUGUGUGGAGCAAGCGGGCAGCGUGGCGGCGGAGGAGCAGCUGCGGCGCAGCAUGCAGCACUGGCUGCAGCUUUAUAAACAAUGCCAAACCAGCAGCGCCAAGAUAAGCGCCGUCGAAGAGGCGCUAGUGCAAAUGCUGAAUCCGGAGGGCAAUGUGAACAGCUGCUGGCUGGAGAAUAUGCAUGGACUGCUCGAGGAUUACACAUGCAAAUUGCAGCGCGAGCUGGCCGAAGUUGAAGUUGCGCAGCAGCAAAGCCACGAUGCGCUGCUUGUGCAGCUGAAGGAAACGCAAAAGCUGCUGGAGCAUAUGCCACGCAUUUAUAUGCGCAACAUUUUGCCCGAAACGGAGCUGGAGGCGGAGAGUGAGAAGCUAAUGCCGCUGGAUAUACAACUGCUGGCCGGACAUUUGCGUGAUGCGCAGCGCACAUUAAUGAAUUUCUUCCAGGGCUUGCUGGAGCUGCGCAAGGACAUGCUAAGCUGUGAGCGCUGCGAUUUAUUAACCAGCCAGGGCUUGGCCAGCUGGCAGCAGCAGCUGCUCGAGCUGCGUCACACCUGCGACUACAAUGUGGAUGAGUUCUUCAAGAGCAUUGAGCAGUUUCUGCAGCAUGCAGCCGACGGCGAGGCCAUCGCCUAUGAAACAUUUACGCACACCAAAGGUGCCGUUGUCAAUUUGCAUGAGCAGAAGCGCAACGCUUAUGGCGUUAGUGUGUGGAAGAAAAUACGCAUGAAACUGGAGGGACGUGAUCCGGAUUGCAAUCAACGCACCACUGUAGCCGAGCAGGUCGACUACAUUAUAGGCGAGGCCAUCAAUCCGGACAAUCUGGCUGUGCUCUACGAGGGCUGGACACCGUGGGUCUAAGUAGCUCCCAGAGCCAUGUACAAUGGCAAUUGCGACUAUAGCAGCAGCACACACACACACACAGCGUAUGAAAAGAAAGUGAAAGUGAGAAGAGAGCGAGAGCGAGAGCGAGCACGAGUUAGAGCAAGAAAGCAAGCAAACAUUUAAGGCAACAUUAAGUUGGCUGACAACAAGUCUCGAGUUCGAGUCCGAUUCCGAGUCUUGGUUGCCCCACUUGUGCCACUUGCUGCUUUCUGCUUUCGUAUGCGGUGUAUAACGAAAUCAAGCAGUACCUUCUACGGGUUGCAUGUUGCACAUGUUGCAGCUACAAUGUUGCAGCUGCACGCCUGCUUGGUUUUUAGAUUAGCAGCGCCGCUAGCAUUGGCUCAAUUUGUUUCAUUUCGUUUUAUCUUUUUAAACUUUAUUGUUUGAUUAAGUUUUAGUUGCUAAUUUGUAAGCCACCUCUGUAUACUGGGAAAUAUGUAAUUACUAUUAUAACAACAAUAACUAUUGGGUUACUUGCAAAAUAAAAGUUGGU